CACGUGUCACGUUCCCCCUUCCUUUUUGUUCCUCGGUGCAUGCGUCCACCUGGAACGCAACAGCUCCUCCUCACUGACCCGACCUCCCGUUCGUUCGGACGUUUUCUUCUCCUUGCUCUCUCUCUCCGCUCUAAUCGUCUCCUCACUAGGUUAUCUUCUCGAGAAGCGAUUUGUCAUUUUCUCUCGUUAGCUUCCAAGAAUAAAUCUUGGGUUUUUCUGUUCCCAAGUCUUGUUUUCUUGAUCUUGCCUUUUUUAGUCCCCAAACGAAAUCUCCAUUUAGAUCUUACCUCUACUGAUUUUUAGGCCGUGUUUGAUCCGAGAGGAGAUCGUUUUUGCUUCAACUCCAUUUUCAUUUUGAAAACAAUCUUGCAAAAAAUUCUCAGCUUUGCCGUCGUUCAAGAAGGAAAUGGACUCAGACAUUUUCCCGAGACAAGCUCACUCGGAUCACUAAUAUGGCACCAGCUUUUCGUUAUUGAUCUACUGAAGUGGAUCCAGUGUCUGAAAUGGUUGGGCAUAGAGAGGAAGAACCCGUUUAUGAGAUUGCGGUGGCAGUGCCCAAGAGGAGAGUGAAAGAAGGAGAUGAGAGCGAGGAUUGUGUGGAGGUUCUCGUGGAUGAAUUCAGGAAAGCGGGGUUGAUAACUGACAGAGUUGUUGGCAUUGCAGAUGAGUUCAUCAAGCUGGCAGCUCCUUUGGAAACUUUAGGAAGGACAGCCGCUAAGUUACGUAUGAGGAAACCAACACAUAUUGGGAUGGACUUGCAAUUUGAGUGGGAGGACGUCAAUGCUUUUGUGCGUCAGCCGGACGGUUCAUUGUUCAGCUGGUGUGAGCGUUUUCAUUUCUACCGCCACUUGAUAUAUGGGAUAGUGAAUAAGAGCCAGUCAGAUAUCAUUCUAAAGUGGGAUAUGGAAGAAAUCCACUGGGAACGUGGUGAACCUUUACUACAAAGAUUGGAGUCAGAGAGCAUUGUCAAACAAGUGUUUCCUAUGCAUAUUGAAACAAAGAGGAAAGAGCUUCUGAGAAGUUGGGCAUUGAAUUGGUUGGACUUCACAAAACAGCCAAUUGAUGAUAUUUACUCGUACUUUGGCACAAAGAUUGCAGUCUACUUCGCUUUUCUUGGAAUGUAUACUCGGUGGAUGCUGUUUCCUGCAGGACUUGGGCUCAUUUCACAGUUGAUUGAUUUUGGGCCAUUCCAACUGCUAGUCCUCCCAAUUUUCUUUGUAAGCAUCACAUUAUGGGCUGUAAUGUUUUUCCAGUUCUGGAAGCGUAAAAACUCUGCCCUUCUAACCAGGUGGCAGAUCAGUUAUUCAGUUGAAGCUGACCCUGGUUAUGACCUGGGCUAUAAGCUCUCUGGCAAAGAAUGGAGCUUGGUACAGUCAACUGUGGAACUGGCUGGUAAAGAAGGGCAAGAUAGAAGGAAGGAUAAGGAAAAGUUUCAAAGAGAAGAAUGGUUCGGAGCUUUUCUGAGGGUCAGGAACGAUGCAAUUGUUAUCCUGUGUAUCAUAUGCCUCCAGCUGCCAUUUGAAUUGGCCUAUGCACAUCUUUACGAGGUCGUUGGAUCUGAUGUUAUAAAGUUUGGGCUGACAGCCAUCUAUCUCUUCCUCAUUCAGCACUUCACAAGGAUUGGGGGUAAAGUAUCGGUUCAGCUGAUUAACCAUGAGAAAAAUGUUAGCAGAGAAUACCGGGCUGAUAGCUUGGUCUAUAAGGUUUUCGGUCUCUAUUUUAUGCAAUCAUAUAUUGGACUUUUCUACCACGCCCUCCUGCACCGGAACUUCAAGACUCUCCGUCAAGUCUUGAUUCAGCGCCUCAUCAUCUCAGAGGUUUUGGAAAACCUGUGGGAGAACUCUUUCCCCUAUCUGAAGUACAGUUAUAAGAAACACAAAGUUAGAAAGAAUAAAAGGCAUGAAAAAGGAUCAACAAGGGGCAAAAUUCAAUUUGCAUCAAGGGUAGAAAAGGAAUAUCUGAAACCGUCCUACUCUGCAAGCAUUGGGGAGGAGCUCGAGGAUGGGCUGUUUGAUGAUUUCUUGGAGUUGGCAUUACAAUUCGGAAUGAUCAUGAUGUUCGCUUGCGUAUUCCCUCUUGCAUUUGCCUUUGCUGCCUUGGUCUGUCCUGUGCAGAACAACAUCACCGAGAUUAGGACAGAUGCACUGAAGCUGUUAGUUAUCAUGAAGAGACCCGAACCUCGUACUUCUGUGACCAUUGGAGCUUGGUUGAAUAUAUUUCAGUUUCUAAUAGUGAUGUCCAUAUGCACAAAUUCCGCUCUCCUGGUGUGUUUAUACGAUCAGGAAGGAAAAUGGAAAAUUGAACCUGGACUUGCAGCAAUCCUAGUCAUGGAACAUGUGCUCCUGCUCAUCAAGUUUGGAGUUUCUCGUUUUGUUCCUGAGGAACCCGCGUGGGUGAGGGCAAACCGUGUGAAGAAUGCAACUCAGGCGCAGGACGUGUGCUCCAAACAGUUGUUGAGAACAAUAUCGGCCAAAGCUACCAAGGAUGAUUGAGGGAGGCUGUUUCAUCCGUUUGAGAUUUUGCCAGGGCUUGCUACGCUUUCGGACUCACCGGCUUCCCAAAUUUGUGUAUACAGCAAGUUUCCUCUCACUGUUGCGUCACCUUUAGCUUGGCAAACCGUUUUGUAGGGUGCUUUUUAGCUUUGGGCUUUGUGAACUGAAAGCCAGCGAGGAAUCUCUCCCACAAGAGCCAGAGGAUUUUUCUCAAUGAAAUGAGCGUUUAGUAAA